AUGUCUGCAAAGCCUCCAUUUAAAUGGCCUAAAUCCAUUCUUUCUCACAAGGCUGCUCAACAGACUCAAGUAGAAGCCCCAACCUUGCAUUUAGAAACCGACUAUUUAAAGCUUAUUUUAAAUGCGCGAGUGUACGAUGUUGCUAAUGAAACGCCAUUAACCUAUGCUAGAAAGCUGUCUGCUCGUCUUGGCAGUAGUAUAUAUUUAAAGCGCGAGGACUUGCAGCCCAUCUUCUCGUUUAAAUGCCGUGGCGCGUACAACAAGAUGUAUCAACUUACUCCCGCUGAAAAGGCUCGUGGUGUGUGCUGUGCGAGUGCCGGAAACCACGCUCAAGGUGUUGCUCUUGCAGCCAAUAAGCUUGGUAUAAAAGCCACAAUUCUCAUGCCUACAUUUGCUCCUGAGAUCAAGGUUGAGAAUGUUCGUCGCCUUGGUGCUACUGUAGUUCUUUUUGGAAGCGAUUUUGAUGCUGCAAAAAAGGAGUGCAUGCGACUGGCCGAGCAAGAGAAUUGGGUAUUUAUUCCUGCGUUUGAUGAUCCGUAUGUUAUUGCAGGUCAAGGGACUGUUGGAGUGGAAAUUCUUCGUCAAAUCAAGCAAGAUCGUUUGGAUGCUAUUUUUGUUUGUUGCGGUGGUGGUGGUCUGAUUUCUGGAAUUUCAGCCUAUGUCAAACGCAUUAGACCCGAAGUGAAGAUCAUUGGGGUCAAUACAUACGAUUCAGAUGGCAUGUACCAAUCUCUAUGUGCUGGAAAAGCAGUAGAAAUUAAAGAGGCCGGUUUAUUUGCUGAUGGAACAUCUGUUCGACUUCCUGGUACUGAAUGCGUCCGCCUAUGCAAACAGUUUGUCGACGAUAUGGUUCUUGUAUCCAACGAUGAAAUCUGUGCUGCCAUGAAAGAUACAUUUGAUGACACGCGGUCCAUUCUUGAGCCUGCUGGUGCACUGGCACUUGCUGGACUGAAGCGAUUUUUGGCAGAUAAUCCAUUUAUUCAGGAUGGAGUGUUUGUUGCUGUUAGUUCGGGUGCUAAUAUGAACUUUGAUCGUUUGCGAUUCGUGGCUGAAAGAGCCAAGAUUGGUCAAGGAACAGAAGCGAUUCUGUCUGUGUUGUUGCCCGAGACACCAGGUACACUUAUGCAGCUGCAUCAAUCAAUCAGUCCACAUUUUGUGACUGAACUGGCAUAUAGAUUCAAUGAUCCUACUUCAGCACAUGUUUUUGCAGCGUUUGAUGUAUCAGAUCGCGAUGCUGAUGUUGCAAAAGUCACUGAAAGAAUUCGUAGCAAAGGUGCUGACUGGGAUGUGAUUGAUAUCAGCAAUAAUGAAUUGGCCAAAACACAUGGCAGAUUUCUUGCCGGUGGUAGAAGCAGUAUGGUAAAAGACGAAGUGUUGUAUCGCUUCAAAUUUCCUGAUAGACCUGGAGCACUUCUUAAAUUUAUGGAUCUUCUUAAAAAAGGUGCCUAUAAUGUCACUCUAUUUCAUUAUCGCAAUAACGGAGCAGAUCUUGGACGUGUUUUGGCUGGUUUGCAAGUUCCUCCUAAACAACUCGACACCUUUAAGAAUUUUGUUCAAGAUUUGCGCCAAGCUGGAUACAUGGAGAUUGUUGAAGAAACCGACAAUCCUGUGUAUAGGCACUUUUUAAUUUGA